AUGAUAUUCUUAAUAAUCUAAGCAUUAGUUAUUUCUUUUGUCUUGUAUCUCGUAGGCAAAUUUAUUGUUUUGCCUAAGUUAAGAAUGCAAUUCUACAGAAACUAAAACAUCAAAGAGUACAACUUCUUCCCCUUCUACGGAUGGUUCUGGGACAGCAUCUUGCAAAAAACCAAUAAGCACAAAGAUUGUAUUCAUUAAAUUAAGCACAUUAGCGAAAGUGCUGACUUCAAAGAUUAAGAUAUUAUUCUUAGCAAUCUUAAUUCUAAAGCCUCUUUAUUAAUAGUAAACCCUGAUUUAAUUAGUGAAUUCUUAUAAUGCCAAUAACAUUACAUUAAGUAUGAACUCCCCUUCCAUAGUCUUAACAAGUUAAUUGGUACUGGUCUUGCUAAGCACUACGGUGAUGGAUGGAAGAAGAGCCGUAAGAUUCUCUCCAACAUGUUUACUUUUGAAUAAAUUGCUCUUUAGUUAGGUAGUAUUAGAGAACUCUCUAAAAGAUAUAUCAGCUAAUAAAAUGAAAAAUCUUUCAACAUCCAAAAGGUCUUCGAAAUGACUGCUGGUGCAUCAGAUCUUUCUAUUUUCUUGGGAUUCGACAUGGAUGAAUAUAAGAAUAAGGAUGGAAAAACUCUUGGUGAACUUAUUGGUUCUUUUGCUAACGAUGUUUAUCUUAGAGAUGUUGGAAUGUUCUCCAUGAUUUUUGGUACUAAAGCUACAGAAUUAGGCUUAAGAAAAUCUGACAAAGACUUAAACGAAAGAGGAAAGAACUUAAGAAAGUUCAUGUAUGAAAUCAUUCUUGAAUGCAAAAAGAGAGAAUAACAACCAGGAUAUCAACCUAAAUAUCCUUCUUUCAUCCACCACUUAGUUUAAGAAAACCUUUUGAAUACUGAAGAAGAACUUGAAGACUUACUCGCUAUCUCUUUCAACUUGUUCCUUGCUGCUAAAGAAACAACAAGUAAGAUCGCCGCUAACGUAGUCUACUACGCAAUCAAGUAUCCCGAAUAGUACAAGAAGAUCUAAGAAGAAAUCAAGACCUAUGUCCCUAAUGAUGAUUAUACAUUUGCUGACCUAUAGAAGAUGAAUAUUCUACAAGCUAAUGUUAAGGAAUGUUUAAGAUAUGAUACCUCCGGACCUUUCUUAUUCUAAAGAGAAGUUGUUUAAGAUCAUACCUUAGGCAAGUAUAACAUUAAGAAGGGUACCCUUGUUAACUGCGGUUACGUAGUCAACUUCUUCAAUGAAAAAUACUUUGAAAACCCUUUCAGCUAUCAACCUGAACGUUGGUUGGAUAGUAACAACGAUUCUAAAAUGAAGAACUCACAUUUAGUUUAUAUCCCCUUCUCUGGUGGUGCCAGAAAUUGUAUUGGUUAGCACUUAGCUGUCAUGCAAAUUAAGGCUAUGGCUAUUGAAUUCUUUAAGUAAUUCAAGCUUCCUGAAAUCCCAAAGGACUUUGAUACUGAAAAGAUUAUGACAUUAUCCUAUGGUUUUAAAAAUGAUUUAUUAUUAAACCUCGAAAGAAUUUGA